UCCUCUCGCAGCCCGACGGAGCAGGAGGCGGCGGGCGGCCGGACGGGGCGGGAGGCUCCGGCGGGCAGCGGCGGAGGGCUGCGCGCUGCCCCGGGGCCGGCGGCACCUGCCGGGGCCGAGGCGGCAGGAGGAGGAGGAGGAGGAAAGGCGGCGGCAGCUCUCCCCGGCAUGGCCCUGGCGGACAGCGCCCGCGGGCUGCCCAACGGCGGCGGCGUCUCGCCGGCGGCGGCAGCGGCCGGGAGCGCGGCGGCGGGCAGCGCGGCGGCGGCGGCGGGGCCGGGCGGCUGGUCGGCCUUCCCGGAGAUCGUGGAGCUGAACGUGGGCGGCCAGGUGUACGUGACGCGGCGCUGCACCGUGGUGUCCGUGCGCGACUCGCUGCUCUGGCGCAUGUUCUCGCAGCAGCAACCCAGCGAGCUGCCCCGGGACAGCAAAGGCCGCUUCUUCCUCGACCGCGACGGCUUCCUCUUCCGCUACAUCCUGGACUACCUGCGCGACCUGCAGCUGGUGCUGCCCGACCACUUCCCCGAGCGCAGCCGCCUCCAGCGGGAGGCCGAGUACUUCCAGCUGCCCGACCUGGCGCGGCGCCUGGCGCAGGCACGGGCCGCCGCCGCCGCCGCCCGCCCCGCCGCCCUGCCCCGCGACGGCUCGCUGUGCACCGACGAGCCGCCGCCGCCGCUGCUCGCCUACCUGGAGGCCGAGCCGCCGGAGGGCGGCGCCGCGUCCGCGCCGUCGCCCACCGCCAGCCGCAGCCCCUCCGGGGGCCCGCUGCUGACGCCCUCGCAGUCGCUGGACGGCGCGGGCGGGCGGCGCUCGGGCUACAUCACCAUCGGCUACCGCGGCUCCUACACCAUCGGGCGGGAGGCGCAGGCCGACGCCAAGUUCCGGCGGGUGGCGCGCAUCACGGUGUGCGGCAAGACGGCGCUGGCCAAGGAGGUCUUCGGCGAGACGCUGAACGAAAGCCGCGACCCCGACCGCCCCCCCGAGCGCUACACCGCCCGCUACUACCUCAAGUUCAACUUCCUCGAGCAGGCCUUCGACCGCCUCUCCGAGGCCGGCUUCCGCAUGGCCGCCUGCUCCUCCACCGGCACCUGCGCCUUCGGCCCCGAGCAGGGCGGCCCCGCCGACGACAAGAUCUGGACCAGCUACACCGAGUACGUCUUCUGCCGGGACUGAGCCCCGCGGCGGCGGCGGCGCCCUUCGCUGCGCCGCCAAGAUGGCGCCAGCCCCGCCGCACGCGGAGGGCGG